AUGGCUCUCAACUGGAGUUCAUUCCUAGGAGACGACGGCCUGAAUGCGCAGGACGGCCGCUGGGACCAGCCGUCGGCCCAGCAGCAGCAGCAAUCGCUACAGCAGCAGCAGCAACAGAAUCAGCGGGCUCAGGCCCAGUCGCAGCACCAGCAGCAGCUGCCCCAGCACCAGAACCGCCCGCCCGCCCACCAACCUCGCGUCUCGAACCCCCAAGUUCCUGCUGGCCAGGUCUCCGCCGCUCAAAUGUCACAGGGUCGCCCUGCGUUCAGCCCGUAUGAGGACGGCAACCCGGAAACCUACUUCUCCGACGCCUUUUACAAUGAUCCCAAUAACUAUUUCCUCAGCGACAUGGAGGUCCUCGAGCCACUGGGCGCUGUGACGCUCGCCGGUUCCACUACCGAUUCGUCGCCCGAGAACUUCAACGAGGUCGUCGAUUUGACUGACCCCAACGGCCGUAUGCCGCGCUUCCAGCAGUCCCAUCCCGCCAAUGCCAUGAACCAGCCCGGCGCCCAAGCCAACCAGGCCACUGCGGGCCAGCAACAGCAGCAGAACAGGCAGGGCGCGCCCACAACCACCUCGCUUGCAGAGAUCCAGCAGAACUUUGUGACUGCUUUCCCGCAGGACCCGCGCUCAGCCGCUUUCGUCGAAGAUCUGACCUUCCCCCAGGGACCCAGAGGCGCUGCGAGGAACUCGGUCACUACUCUGGAUACUGUGAAUGAGGUGCCCGAGACGGAUUUGACGACCAAGCGGAACAAGAACGCCGGAAAGGCCGACUCGCUCUCCGCAUGCUGGACCUCGCCACUCUGCCCCAACCACAGCAAGGAAGGGACCCCACCCAACCCAUCCACUUGCGGUGGAGCAUGUGCGCCAUUCCUUUUCGCCAACACGGAAGAUUCCAGUUACAGUGGAGCCAUCGAUUCCUCGCUGCUGACCCAGGACCCCAUCCCCUCCAAGGAAUCGCCUGAAGGCGUGGUUGAGAUUCAGAACCGACCUCGCUUGAAGCGCAGCGAGAGCGAAUCGAGCCGCGAACCCUCUGGACGUCUCUUCAGCAAGAGCACCUCAGGAACCGCCGAGCCGCCGCAGCCACAACAGUCGUCAGCAUUGAAGAACGAGAGCAGCCCAGACUCGCAUUCGCCCGAAGACAUGAGCGUCUUACCUGGCGGCGAUAUGGGAGAUGGAAAGGGCAAGACCCGCCGCCGUUUGCCACACAACCAGGUUGAGCGCAAGUACCGCGAGUCUUUGAACACGCAGCUCGACUCGCUCAGGCGAGUGGUGCCAGCGCUCCAGCAGUCUUCCAGGGGCUGUGAAGGUGGCGACAUCGAGGAUCUGCCCACGCCAUCGAAGCCUAGCAAAGCGGUGGUCUUGGCAAGCGCUACGGCCUACAUCAAACAGAUGGAGAAAGACAAAAAGCAGCUGGCCGACGAAAAUCAGCUCCUCAGGACCCGCAUCAAGGCGCUUCAGGCCCUCGUUAAAUGCGAAGAUUGCAGCCUGAUGCAAUACGUGAUGGAUCUGAAACUUCACAACGGACCACCGGCGCCUGCUGGCUGCCGCGGCUGA